AUGUCGGAUAAUUCUCAUGUAAUUUCAAUGGAGGAUACUCCUAAGAAAUUUUCAGAAAUUAUCUGCUCGCCUAACUUAAAAUAUGUUGCUGCGUUGUAUGAAGAUGUCAAUAUAAGUCUUUGGUCUAUUGAGAAACCUGAUAAAAUAAUUAAUAUUGGCAAGAUUCACAUAAAAAAAAAUGAUGAAAAAAAUGGUGGAAAAAAUGGUGAAAAAAUAUUUGCAAUUUCGGAUAAAUAUAUUUCAUUCAGUCUUUAUAGAGAUAAACCUUAUAAUUUCAAUUUUGAAAAUGAAAAAGAGGUAUUAUUAAAAUUCCCAGAUCACCAAAAGGAAAUUGACUAUUUAUCCUUUAUUGAUAACGGAUAUAUUAUAAUGAUUAAUACCAAAUAUUACAGAGCAUAUGUUUUUUCAAGUAAAAAUAAUAUUGCAUGGGUUUGUGAAUCAAUGAUCGAGCUGAAAUAUUUUUUAAAAAUUUAUAUUACUCUUAAAGGCAAAUUGAUAAUAUUUAAUGAUACUAUUUAUGAGAUCACAAUGUGGGACGUUGAAAAAUUAUCGAUUAAAACUCGUGUUUUAAUAGAUUGGGAUUUUACACCCGAAUUUAUUGUAAUUAGCGAUGAUGAAGAAUUAUUAGUAGUAUGUGCAAGAAAUGAGAAAACCAAGAGCACAAAUUUAUACAUUUUUUCCACCGAAACUGGGAUACAUCUAAAAGGAGAGAGGUUAUUAUACAUUUCAAAUGAAGAAGACUAUAAUUUAAUGGACCCUUAUGACCUAAAAAAUCCAAUAGAUGCAAGUGAUCUUUUUGAAAAGAAUAAAAUUCAAAUUCAAGAACCAUACAUAAUUCGAUCGGAUGAAAUAUCGGAUAAAAUCAUUUAUACGAUUGACGGAACAAUUUUAAUUGAAGAAUUAGUACCUGAUUAUAAUAAUUGGAUCAAUUACUUACGAAAAGUAUUGAAGGACACAAAUUGCAUUACAUCUCCGUCUAAAAACACAAUCGACAUUAUAAACGAAUUAAUUGAUAAACCUAAUGUUGAUAAAAAAGAAUUUCAAGGGGAACUUUUAAAAUGGGGAUUAGAAAUAGAAGAUAAAUCAGUCAAACUUACAGUAACUGAAUAUAAUUAUCGCAGGAACAAAUGGGUCCCCAAAAAACCACUAGAAAUCCUUCCAUCAAUUUAUCCUAAUGCAACAAAUUUUAUACUAUGCUGUGAAGUUCUUGAAAAUGACAAUUUUAUCACGAUUACACGUAUUGGUGUAAUUAUCUGGACUUAUAGACAUUCUGAAAUCAAGAUGCAUUAUUAUUGGAAUUAUUGGAAUGAUCAUUUAGAAGGGUUCGAAUUUGAAAAGAUAAAGUUUAAAAGUCUCCUUAAAAACUGGAUGAUUCCAGCAAGAAUUCUUCCUGCUUCAAAUUAUAAAACAAUUUACAACAAUCUAGAUAUUAAAUUCGGUAAAACAGAAGAAAAACAGCUUUUUAAAAAUUUUUUGGAAGAUAAUAUAAAAGAAAAAUUUUAUUUCUCUUGCUACGGAAAAAUUCUCAUUAAAAGAUUUAUUGAAUUAAAUGACGAUAAAUGGAUUCGAUCUUUAGGCCAAAAUUGUAUUGAGAAGUGUAUGAAAGAAAAUAAUUAUCUAAUUUCUAAAAUUUCUUUGUUGAGUAUUAUUUUUGAAAAUUUUAAAGAAUUAUCAGAAAAUCAUCCUGCAUUUAUAGCAAGUGCUUUAUCUGUAAUAGGAUUUGUUGUCUGUUCUAAGAUUGUGAUCACAAAUUCUUCACAUCUUUCCAGUCAUGGAAAAUACCGUCAUUUAUCUAAAACUUCAUUACUUGAUAGAUUAGUUUCUAAUUUUUGGAUUUAUUGGAUUAGUUUUCGAAAAAGAUUUCAAAAUAUUCUUCAAAAUUUUCAAGAAAGUCAUAGUUCAAUAAUACUUGCAAUUCCUUUACCAGACUUUGCUUCUUACCCAAAAGGGUGCGCAUAUUUAAUGCCAACAAUAUCGUCAAUUAAAUGGCUCAAAAGUAAUGUCAUGCCAACAGACAUGGCUGCCUUUUCUACUUUAUUAUUAGAAAUCAAAUUUAUUUUAUUUUUUCGUGCAAUUGAAUUUUUGGGUAUUUAUUUCUCCAUGAUACUUGGACAUGUAAUUGAUAUUGUCCAAAAUAAUAAUUGGUCAGGUUAUAAAAAACCUUACAUUUCAAAGAAUCUCAAAGAAGUCCUUCAACUCCCUGAAGAACAGCCCUCUCUUAUAGAAAUUGAGGAAACUGUUAAAAAGCUAAAAGAAUCAAUUGAUAAGAUCGCGAAAACUAAAUAUUUAUUUGUACCUGACCGUGACUUUGUCACGGGAGGGCUAUUAUCAGAGGAUCAACACAUGACCAUGCAAGAUAAAGAAGAAGGAAGAUUUGUUUUUCUUUUGAUGAUUGCUGUGUGCCCGAAACAUUUAGUUUCUG